UCGGGUCCCCAGCUGUUCAUGUCUGCAUUGGAGUGUAAAGUAGGUUUUUUACCCAGUGCACCUCACUGUGCAACAAAUAUGUCGUCACAUCUGCUGGCAUGCACCUCUUGAUUUUUGUAACCUGACAUGAGCUGCUAUCAUGUUUGCUUUUAACACCAGUUUAAUGAUAUACGCCAUACUCCCCAAAGUAUCCACUCACCGAUCCAAAUCAUUGAAUUCAGGUGUUCCAAUCACUUCUGUGGGCACCAGUAUAAAAAAGCCACCUAGUCAUGCAGACUGAAUGACAGGAUCCCACCUGUGCAACAAGUCCAGCCAUGAAAUUUCCUUGCUACUAAAUAUUACGCAGUCAUCUAGUGGUGGUAUUAUAACAAAGUGGAAGUGAAGGCAGAUGAGUGAAAACUUUUGGUGAUAUAGUCUAUCAGUACAGAAGUUUAGAGAUUCACAAAUUAUACAGAGGGAGAGCUUACGACAGUUUGAAAACGUGAGACUCUGUGGGUUGAAAAAUACCCUGCAAUGUCUUUGCCUAUGGUUUUGACUCUUUAUAUAUCAGCUCUGUGUGUUAAGUGACCAAUGCAGAGAGUAUACUGGCACCUUUUUCUUGGUUUAUGCUGUCUCCAGAAAGGCUGAUCUAUUCAAGCUGUUGCAGCAUCUAAUUCUGUAUAAUCUAGGAAUUAAGUUUCUGUAUUGAUAUAUAAUUGAAAUUGAAAAAUGACACAAUAAUAGAUUCACGUUAUCUGCCAAGUUGCGGCAAGGUUAGAAAACUGAGAGGUGAAGGACCAGCAGAAAGGACACCAAAGCGUGACUCAGCUCUUUUCUUGUAGCGGUUUUGGGCCGUCACUUCUUCCACUGGUGCAGCGCUUCCUGGGUUUUCUUUGGCGUCUGUGUUGGCAUCCAUGAUGUUACCCUUAUUUCCUACAUCUUCCAUGAGUGCCUCUGUAAUGGCUGAUGUUCCGGUGUGCUACAGGAUAGGACUGGCUUUGCUUGGGGCCAUGAAUCAGAUUCAGGAAGGUGUGGAACAGGUUUAAAGAGCGCUAACAAUGUCAACUCGUGUUCAGACCUGACAGAGCUGCGUUCCCUCAACAGCAUAAAGGCUCUCACAGCAUCUCCUAGAUGGCGUACUCCACCAGCACCCUUGCAGAGGGCUGUUUUGGGAAAGUGUACAAGGAGAAGUACAAUGAUACCUGGGCUGCUAUUAAGAAAGUUCCUCAGCAUCUCAUCAGCUGGAAGGAUCUGGAGAGAGAGAGUGAAGUGUACAACAAGUCAAAACAUCCCAACAUAGUGAGGCUUCUGGGCAAAAUAAUUCUUAAAGAUGGAAAAUGGAUCAUUCCACUAGAGUUUGUCUUCGGAGAGGACUUGGAGACCACCAUCUUCAAGGCGUCAAAGUCUAAAAUAUCGAUGACUCCAGCUAAUAAAGGCACAAUCAUUGUCGGCAUGUGUGAAGGGCUGCUUCAUCUACACUCCAGAGACAUUGUCCAUCAAGAUCUCAAGCCUGAAAACAUUAUGGUGGAGCAUAACACGAACAGAGCAGUAAUUAUUGAUCUGGGACUGGCCAAGUUCUUCAGACGUGGUCUAAACUCUGCAGUGGACAUGGGGAACGAGGCUUACUCGGCUCCUGAGGUGCUGCAGAGGGGUAGCCAGAGAGAUCAGCGUUCAGACGUCUGGGCCAUGGGAAAAAUCAUAGCUGAGCUCUGUGCCCGGAUUCGUCUGUACACACCCAGCGUCUGUCCUGACAAAAUCAAAGAUGUUUUAAAGGACCAACCAUACUGCCCUGCUGUGUGUAGGAUGGUGGAGCAGAAUCCAUCUCUGAGGGCCUCUAUGGGCGGGGUCAUUAGUGAUAUUCGAAGAGCUGCAGGAAUGGGCAUUGUCACCAACACACCCAUUCAAAAAGAUCAUCUUAAACCACCUACACCUCACUUUAAUGCCAGAAACCAGUCCCCAUCACCUCCGAACAGAGAUGCACAUCUGCCAAUCAGGGACCCAUCACCAAUCAAUCAAGCUGCAUCUCCGCUAAUCAGGGACUUAUCGCCGAUAAACCGAGGUGUUUCUCCACUUAACAGGGAUCCAUCACCGUUAAACAAGUUUGACAUACAUCAGUCACCUAUGAAUAAGCCUACAGGGCGGAUAUUUGAACGUUCUCCUAGACCAGAGAUAAAACCUUUGCCUCGGACUGGAGUGCACCUUCCUCCUUCCCCACAGAGGCAAGAGGACAAGAACAAAAAUCACGAUCUGGUGCCGAAAGGUGGAUCAGAACUCGCACAGGACCUCAGGAAAAUGAAGUUGUUACACGAAGCUGCCAAGGAUCUUCCCUGCAACCUGCCAACGACAGGGAGGGUGGUGGUGCGGCGUUUUGAGGAGAAAAACGGGGAAAUGGGUUCAUGGGAGCAGACCGAGGUGGUGACUCGUGAUGGAAAGAUAGUCAAGUUUGAUGAUGUCAAGUUUAACAGCAAAUGAGAGUAUCUGGGAGAGUUACAAAAUAGUUGUAUGUUCACUCAGCUUAAAGAGUAGACUGAGUUUAGGUGCAGUAGACAUUGCAUGGUAUGUAACAGGAUAUAAAUUUUUUUUAAGGAAUUGAUUAGUUUUGAGUUAUUUCCAAAUUAAAACUUUCCAUUAGCGUAUGCUUAGUUCCAAAUUUAUUUUUAAAAAUAUCAAUUUCAAGUGCAAACCUAGAUGUUGUGGAUUUUGGUAUGCAUUAUGCUCACUGUAAGCUCUGUGAGUGAGACUUGUAAUGAGAUUAUCUCCAAUUGAAAAACUGAUAGUUAUAUAUAUUUUCUGUUGGCUAAAAUGUGCAAUGGUGAUUACAUAUGAAAUGUGUUUUGAUAGUUUUGGUUAAAUAAAUGACUGUGAGAAAUUAAGGGCAGGGAAUGUGGGUGUGGUAUACAGAAUGGGUCUGUGGUGUAUUGUCUGCUUAAUAUGUCUGCUGUUUUUUUAACUAGUGAUCUAAUCUUUAAGCUGUACUGUGCAUCAGAGUCUCCUGUGUCUGAUAGUCCUUUUUUUUUAAUGACUGUAAAGUAAGACAAAUAAAUCCAGCAAUCUUUAUCUUUGAGUUGCUGGAACCAACAAGUGAUUUGUUGCUGGGUUGAUUUGAUGCUAUUGUGUGGCAGAAGUUCUUGCUACACUGCUCUUUACACUUCAAAGUGAACAAAGGUGAUGUGUUAGUCCACACCCCAUUUACAAGAACAAGAAGAACCUGUUUUAUUUUUUUUGUAAUUACUCUUGCAGUAAUAAAGUACAUCUUCCAAUCUCAUGUAGUUGUACACAUCAGCAUUAAAGUUGCUUUUAUUGUUUAUAUGUG